ACCAACAUAGUUUCUUGGCUAUGGGCUCUUCCAAAAGAUGGGCAACCACCAUUUCUACCACUGCCUCUUCUUUAUAUUUUCUCAUCAUUCUCUUCCAAAUUCCUCUUUUCAGAGUGAGAUGCAGAGGGGCAUUAUGCACAACGCCACUGGAAUUGACAUGUUCUCAGUUGUUAGCAAGCGAGGUGUUUCGUGCAUCUAUUGUCAAAGGUGUUUUAUAUCCUGGAGCCAUUGCAAAAGCUAUCUUUAACAACAAACCCAUUCCACCAUUUAAAAGCUUGCCAAAGCUAUACAAGUUUAUCCAUACACCUUCUCCUCUCUCAUCGGAUCUCCAUCGCCUAGAGGUUAUUGCAGGAAGUUAUUUGGCAGUAGGAGGAGGUAUGAUGGGAAUGGUUAGAGCAGGGGGAGGGAGAAUGAGUCUAUUUGGUUGCCUUAUUACAAUAUGGGGCAUUGUUUGGAGGAAGUCUUCAUAUUUAAAUCCCAAUAAGGAAAAGGAAAUAAGCCAAAUCUAUCCAACCAUGUUUCUUGUUCUACUUUUGGCUUUCUUGUCUGUUAGGAAGGAUGUCAGGAGAAUAGUACGUACCCUCAAACCUCAAUACAAUCCUUUCUCUUCGUCCAACAAACCCAAACGCAAAUGAACCUAAGGUUUUGCUAGUUUAGUCCUUUGCGUUUUGAAGUUUGUGUCUAUUGAACGUACUAAAACUAAAACUAAACAUUGGAAAGAAAGUUUACAAAGGCAGAAAAGUUUUAAAGGUUGCAUUUACCACCCUGCAUCACUUCUCAAUUCUCAUCUACAUGUCCCACAUGAAUCCAUAAUCCUCUGUCUUCAGCCUUCUAAUAAAGUCAAAGGCUAUCUUCUAAAGUUCUAAUUAGGUAACAGGCUAUUAUUAUUCAUAACUAUAACUAUUAUCAGUCAAUUCAAUGGCUGGGUGGGAAACAGUUUUCAUUUAGAGUUCAAAUCUUCAUACUACUUCUAUAUCUGUCAAAAAGUAAAACUAAACAAGUUGAAAGAUGGAAUACCAUGAACAGACUAAUCAUCUUGAUUCUUGCCCUUUGCUACUGUAGUCCAGUCGUGCACAAAAAAGACAUAAAACUUUCAUAUUCUUGUGAAGAAUGAUAUCUAUUAUCCAUACGCUAUAUUCAGUAUCAAUAUGAAGUUAUGAAGUUCAGGAGGAACCUUCAUUUUCUCAAUCAGUUUAUGAGAAUUAGAAAAAGCCUCGGGAUUUGGUCAAAUCCUUGUACUGCAAGUCAUGUGGAAAACUCAAUCUUCAAGCCAGUCGGCAUAAAUGCCAAUCAACUUCUUAGACUCCUUUGAUUCAAAGAAUUGGUUAAUUCUUGGCCCUUUAUUCUUACAAUCGGUUCCAAUUUCUCUGCUGCUCCUUAAUCCAGCUUCGACAGCAGCAGUAGUUGUUGCAGUCCCAGAGACACCACCUACGCUCCCACGUUGUGAUGCAUUGCAAGGCUCGAGCUUCUGUAGUUCUAUUUUCUCCAAAAACAAAGAAGACAAUGGAAAUAUUAAUGCCUGUAAUUUGACAAUCACCAACUUUUGAUUUCAUGAAAACGAUUCAAGCAGGGAUGAAUAAGUAGAUCCAUAUGGUUGACA